GGACUCUUUAGCGUGUUACAGCGGUGGAACUUCUUGCAGAGCCAUGGUGCUGAGUUAACGAAGCUAACGCGGCUAAUGCAUGCAGUUAAAAUCUGAAUGAAAGUUGUGCAUUUUAAACUAAAAUAAUUUUUUAAAAUGGCAGCGAAACGAAAACCGGACAUCAUCGUUCCAGCGGAGGAGAGCGACCAACUGUUGAUCCAACCCCUUGGAGCGGGACAAGAAGUGGGGAGAUCGUGCAUCAUCCUGGAAUUUAAAGGGCGAAAGAUCAUGUUGGACUGUGGGAUCCACCCGGGCCUGGAGGGGAUGGACGCGCUGCCGUACAUUGACCUGAUCGACCCUGCGGAGGUUGACCUUCUGCUCAUCAGCCAUUUCCAUCUGGACCACUGUGGGGCAUUGCCGUGGUUCCUGCAGAAGACCAGUUUCAAAGGUCGAACGUUCAUGACUCAUGCAUCUAAGGCCAUUUACCGUUGGCUGUUGUCGGACUAUGUCAAAGUCAGUAACAUCUCAGCGGACGACAUGCUAUACACGGAGACUGACCUGGAGGACUCGAUGGAGAAGAUCGAGACCAUAAACUUCCACGAGGUGAAGGAAGUCGCUGGGAUCAAGUUCUGGUGUUACCACGCAGGACACGUGCUCGGAGCGGCGAUGUUCAUGAUCGAGAUCGCUGGAGUCAAGCUGCUGUACACUGGAGACUUCUCUCGGCAGGAGGACAGACACCUGAUGGCAGCAGAGAUCCCUAGUGUCAAACCAGACAUUCUCAUCACGGAGUCAACUUACGGGACACACAUCCAUGAGAAGCGCGAGGAGCGAGAGGCACGUUUCUGUAACACGGUCCACGACAUCGUGAACCGGGAGGGCCGCUGCCUCAUCCCUGUGUUCGCCUUAGGACGAGCCCAGGAACUGCUGCUCAUCCUGGAUGAGUACUGGCAGAACCACCCCGAGCUGCACGACAUUCCGAUCUACUACGCCUCAUCUCUGGCGCGGAAGUGCAUGGCUGUGUACCAGACCUACAUCAACGCCAUGAAUGACAAGAUCAGAAAAGCCAUCAACAUCAAUAACCCCUUUGUGUUCAAGCACAUCAGCAACCUCAAGAGCAUGGACCACUUUGACGACAUUGGCCCCAGCGUGGUGAUGGCGUCUCCGGGGAUGAUGCAGAGUGGGUUGUCCCGGGAGCUAUUUGAGUCCUGGUGCACGGACAAGAGGAACGGAGUGAUCAUUGCCGGAUACUGCGUGGAGGGAACACUUGCUAAGCACAUCAUGACAGAGCCGGAUGAGAUCACCACGAUGUCGGGGCAGAAGCUCCCUCUUAAGAUGUCUGUGGACUACAUCUCCUUCUCCGCUCACACAGACUACCAGCAGACCAGCGAAUUCAUCCGAGCACUCAAGCCUCCUCAUGUGAUCUUGGUUCACGGGGAGCAGAAUGAGAUGGCUCGGCUCAAAGCAGCUCUGAUCCGUGAGUACGAGGACAACGAUGACGUCCACAUCGAGGUCCACAACCCGCGCAACACUGAGGCGGUCACACUGUACUUCAGAGGAGAGAAACUCGCCAAGGUCAUGGGGUCUCUGGCGGACAGGAAGUGCGCUCAGGGUCAGAGGGUCUCAGGGAUCCUGGUCAAAAGGAACUUCAACUACCACAUCCUAUCUCCAUCUGACCUGUCCAACUACACAGACCUGAGCAUGGGUACUGUAACUCAGACUCAGGCGAUCCCAUUCACUGGACCCAUCUCAGUCCUGGUCAGUCAGCUGCGGCACCUUGCAGGGGAUGUGGAGCAGGUGGAUGGAGCAGAGAAGAUCACAGUCAAAGUCUUUAAAAACAUCACACUGGUGCACGAGGCCGGGAUGGUGCUGCUGGAGUGGAUCGCGAACCCCCUGAACGACAUGUUUGCAGAUGCAGUGACCACAGUGAUCCUGGCGGUACAAUCCAAUCCCAACGCUCAGAAAUAUCUGGAGGGCCGCAGAGAAGCAUCAGACCCUGAGGAUAUUUUCCCUGAAAGACUAGCACUAAUGUUAAAUGACAUGUUUGGAGAGGGCUGUGUGAGUUUUUCAGAAGGAAAACUCAAAGUGACAGUGGAGCAGGCCACAGCUGCAGUCGACCCACGCACCAGGUCUGUCGUUUGUGAAGAAGAUGAGACUUUGAGGGAGAUGGUGGAAGUGGCCGUUCACAGAUUGUACGACGCAUUAAGCCCCAUUUUCUGAUCCUGACCAAUCACAGCUCUGCCUCCCCCAGACCACGCCCACUCUGUGAUGUGGGCCACGCCUUUCUUUAGUUUUUGUAGAAAAUGUUUAAAUGUGUUUUUCUAUGUUUUGUAUGACAAAAUGACAUGAGAAAUAAACAACAAUAAACAGGAUGUAGUCCUGGUGUAGUCCUGGUGUAGUCCUGGUGUAGUCCUGGUGUAGUCCUGGUGUAGUCCUGGUGUAGUCCUGGUGUAGUCCUGGUGUAGUCCUGGUGUAGUCCUGGUGUAGUCCUGGUGUAGUCCUGGUGUAGUCCUGGUGUAGUCCUGGUGUAGUCCUGGUGUAGUCCUGGUGUAGUCCUGGUGUAGUCC